AUGCCUUCCUCUAGUUCAAAUGGCACUCAUGCCGCACCUGCCGCCGGAACAAACGUCCGUCGACGAACCACCAUAGAUGCAACUACUGGCCACUGGGAUCUUGGCAAGACUAUCGGUGCUGGCAGCAUGGGUAAAGUAAAGCUGGCUCGCAAUAAGGAGACCGGUGAACAAGUAGCUGUCAAAAUCGUGCCUCGUGGAUCGACCGACGAACAUCGCAACGCCCAAGACCGUGAAAGAGCAGAUCACUCCAAGGAAGUACGUACCGCCCGUGAGGCUGCUAUUGUCACACUAGUCGAUCACCCAUACAUCUGUGGUAUGCGCGACGUUGUCCGCACAAAUUACCACUGGUACAUGUUGUUUGAAUACGUCAACGGUGGCCAGAUGCUUGACUACAUCAUUUCUCAUGGUCGCCUGAAGGAGAAGCAAGCACGCAAAUUUGGUCGUCAAAUCGCAAGUGCGCUCGACUACUGUCAUCGCAACAGCAUUGUGCAUCGUGACCUGAAGAUCGAGAACAUUCUCAUCAGCAAAACCGGCGACAUCAAGAUCAUCGAUUUUGGUCUGAGCAACACCUUCUCACCCAAGAGCCUUCUCAAGACUUUCUGUGGCUCACUAUACUUCGCUGCACCCGAGCUUUUGCAGGCAAAGGCUUACACCGGUCCCGAGGUUGAUGUGUGGAGUUUUGGUAUUGUCUUGUAUGUUCUCGUCUGCGGCAAGGUGCCAUUCGACGACCAAAGUAUGCCGCAGUUGCAUGCCAAGAUCAAGAAGGGAGCAGUAGAAUACCCACCUUGGCUGAGUGCAGAGUGCAAGAACUUGAUUGCGCGCAUGCUCGUAACCGACCCCUCGCAACGUGCGACUCUGGCUGAGAUUAUGGCUCACCCUUGGAUGACGAAAGGCUUCGGUGGUCCGCCUGAGAAUUAUCUGCCCCCUCGCAAGCCUUUGCAGUUGCCACUAGACCCUCGUGUCCUUCAGAAGAUGGAUGGUUUCGACUUUGGCUCUGCAGAGUAUAUCGAGCAACAGCUUACCAAAAUCAUUCAAUCUGAAGAGUACCAAAAGGCUGUAGUUGCUACUGAGAAGCGCAAUCAGUCUGGUAUCUCGGAUUCGCAGAACAAGCAGGGGGGCAUGUUCGACUUUUACAAACGACGAAAGUCCACCACAAGCCGCGACACUCUUACAGGGCCCUCAUCUGAAGCUGUUCAAUUGGGAACGGACCCUUUGAACGCCUACAACCCACUACUAUCCGUGUACUUCUUGGCCAAGGAGAAGAUUGAGCGUGAAGAGAAGGAAUCUAAUCCAGGGGCACUUUCUAUGCCACGCUCACCCGGAGAGAAACCGUUACAGUUGCCAGACCUUCAGCCGCCUGCUGCUGCUUACACAAACACCGCCACUUACGAGAUGGCCGGAGAGGCACCCACGGGAGGCAGAAGUCGUCCACGCGCUAGAACGCACGGCGAGGAUGAACUGCAGGACGACGUGAAGAAGGCCAGGUCAACCAAUCGCGUACCUCCAGUGCCUUCUCCUGCCAUCGUGCUCCCUCCGCCUGAACAUACACCAGUGAAGAAAGAGAGUGCUGCAGUGGGCUUGCUUCGCAGGCUCAGCACAAGACGGCACAAGGACCCUGAAAGGCCCGCACCAGCGGCGACAGGGGACGCUUACUCAACCCCUAGGAAGAGUUUCAGUAUGAGGAGACAGCGAGACACGAGCGCCAACAGGCUUCAAGCCGAGCCUGUUGUGGAGAAGCAAACCGAGACGCUACUCACACCGACGGCGGAGCGCACUGGAUUGGGCCGCUCUACUAGCGUCAGUGCAGCCGAGCACAGCCGUAAUGGUUCCCGCCGAGGUGUGUCUGAAGGAUCAAGUGCUCGACCAGUGGCAAUGACACCACAACCGACCAGACGGACCGACAGACAAUAUGGAGAUGCCUCCUCAGAUGCCGAAGCGUCAGGAUCCAGGACUAUGCCUCUUACGUCAAGAACGAAGUCCAUGGGCCAUGGUCGGAAGGAAAGCUUCCAAGCACGCAGAGCUCGGAGAAUGGACAUCCGCACAGAAGAUGUGCCAGAGGAAACUGACCAAGAUCUUCGGGAAGUUGAGGCGGUUCGUUCGGCUAACAGCGCGGGCGAGAGUCCCAAUGGGAUCAAGCCUGUUUAUCUCAAGGGCCUGUUCAGUGUAUCAACCACCAGUUCGAAGCCAUUGGCUGUGAUUCGUACGGACAUCAUUAGAGUCUUGAAACAGCUUGGUGUCGAAUAUCGAGAGAUCAAAGGUGGUUUCAGUUGCCGACAUGCCCCGAGCAUCGACAUGGAGAAGCCCAAGGACGAACAGGCAAUAGGUUAUGGAAGCCACAGACGCAAGAUCAGCUUUGGUGGGCUCAUGGGAGGUAGUAACAACACCGAGCCAUCCACACCUACGCCCCCACGACCCACGCGACCUAGACGGGAUAACAGCUACACUGCUAGCGACAGUUCAGAUGAUGAUGAAGAGAGAAGGACUCGUGGCCAGCAGCACAAUCGAGCUGCGGGCGAAACGUCGACACACGUGCAGAGUGAUCUUGGUGAAGGUAUGGUUCUCAAGUUUGAGAUCUUCGUGGUCAAGGUACCUUUGUUGAGCCUGCACGGGAUUCAGUUCAAGAAGGUGGAUGGUGGUACUUGGCAGUACAAGAACAUGGCGCAGACCAUCUUGAACGAACUGAAGUUGUAA